GAUGACCCGGUGCCCGCUGUCAUGCCUGGUGACCCGAUGCCCGCUGUGGAACCAGACGAUCCGUCAUGCCUGGUGACCCGAUGGCCGCUUUCGAGCCAGAUGAUCCAGUGCCUGAUGACCCGGUGCCCGCUGUCAUGCCUGAUGACCCGGUGCCCGCUGUCAUGCCUGAUGACCCGAUGCCCGCUGUCGAUCCAGACGAUCCGGUACCUGAUGACCCGAUGCCCGCUGUCGAGCCAGACGAUCCAAUGCCUGAUGACCCAGUGCCCGCUGUCAUGCCUGGAGACCCGAUGCCCGCUGUCAUGCCAGUUGACUCGGAGCCCACUGUCGUGCCUGGUGACUCGGUGCCCACUGCCUUGCCAGAUGACGCGGUGCCCGCUGGCGAGCCAAAUGACCUGAUGCCCGCUGUCGUGCCCGAUGGCCCGGUGCCUGCCGCUCCUCCUGGGGGCCCUGUGCCUGCCGCUCCUCCUGGGGGCCCUGUGCCUGCC